AUGGUACCUGUGAACCUCCCAGCAAGGGCACGGGGAGGAGUUGGGCGUGAGCUGUGCUUCGACUCCUCCGACGUGGUGGUCGGCAACAGUUCGCUCAACUUCAGUGAAGAGGCCUUCUGCCGGCAGAUAGUGCCUGAGGGCUACCAGGACUAUUACUUUCCCAAUCUGACGAACUCUGGUUUCUACUGCAUAUCCAACUGCACCCCGGGCACCCCCGGCACCAUCAACUGCAACAAGGGGCAGUGCCAGCUCUCCCUGAGGGGUCCACAGUGCUUCUGCUAUGAGACUGAUAUCUACUGGUACCAAGACGAUCACUGUAAGACCCGGGUCAGCAAGCUGGCGGUGGGGCUGGGCUUGGCCGUGGCGGUUCUGGCCACGAUGGUCAUCGUACUCUCCAUCUUCCUCUUCCGAGCUCAGAGGACCAGAAGGUUUUACAGCACCCAGAAGACAAUGAAGCAGAGGUGGUACGAGGACACGGCCCAGGCGUGGAGCCUGCCAGGAAGCUUCACCUUCCAGAACCAAGACGCCCAGCUUGAGGACAACUUUUGGGUCAACCUUGACUCCGUGGACACGUCGGCACCGCAGGUCCAGGUCUCGAGGCCAAAGUUUGUCACGCAGCAUUGAGCCGUUGUAGGGUGGGGGGCACCAGGAAGGUCAUUUCCACCCCCCCGCCAUGGGCAUCGCUGCCAGGACGGGGGUCUGCCCCAGCACUGUGAGAGAGCCCGGACCCUCUUUGGGGUGGGGAGGUCCUUGACCCCGUACCGGGGGUCCUUGUCCUGUUCUUGGGAGCACUUUUAGGGUGGUGACCCCACUUUUUAGGGUGGUGACUUCACUAAUUAUCAUGACUGGACAGGUCAUGACCUCACACUUGGUGGCACUUUUGGGCCAUGACCUCACCUCCAGCAUCAUGUCCUCGCUUC